AAGCCACAGACAGCGCAACCAACUACGCAGAAAAUCAAUACACCGUGAUGUAUUCGCCUUUUUAAAAUGAGAACGUGACAAAACAUUAAUUUAAUUCAUCGAAGAAACCACUUUUAUUUAAAAAAAAUAUCUGUUGAGACUUGAUGCUCAUUUUUUAUUUAUUUACAAAGUGAUGAGUAUUCUCAUAGUUACGGCGUGGUAGAACUUUCUGCGCGUAGAUUAUCAGCUUUUCCUUCAAAUUAUAAACUGUUAAAGGUUCUUGUUGAGUAAGGUCAAGAAUAUAUUCAUUAUACACCAACAUAAUUGUAAGUUAAAAUGGAAGAAAUGAAUGGGGAUCUUUAUGGGGGUGGUUUAGUUAGUCUGGGAGAUGAGGGUUCUUUGGAGUCAACUGAUAAUGGAAAACAAGAGCAAAAUUGUAAGAUUUGCGACAAUAAGUUAUGCAGUCCUCGUGUUUUGUCUUGCCUUCAUGUAUUUUGUGAAGCUUGCAUUGACAAGUUGAUGGUUAAUGAAGCUGGCGAUUCUCUAAAAUUUGAUUUGGCUGUGGAAUGCCCAAUAUGCAAACAAGAAACCAAGAUACCUGGAGGUGGGGCUGCAUCCCUUCCUUCCGACUAUGUGCUUACCAACAUUUUGGAUGUUUCUGCCAUGGAUCAAUCUGUUGUUUGCACUUGUUGCAAGAGCAAGGAACCUGCUGUUGCAAGAUGCACUGAUUGCUCUCAUUUUCUGUGUUCCAACUGCAAUUCGGCUCACGAAUUUAUGAGAUGCUUUGAAAACCACAGAGUAGUUCCAUUUGAUGCUCUAAGGUCCUCUAAGGAGAAAGCUGCUGUGCAUAAGCCAAUUUUUUGCGCUCGUCAUGCUGGGGAGAGUCUCAAAUUUUACUGUUGUGAGUGUGAGGUCGGAGCUUGCACUGAAUGUCUAACGGUUGAUCACAAAGUCGGCGAACAUCGUUGUGAGAGAAUUGUUGAUGUCGAGCCGAAUCUACGUGCUGAAUUGAGAAAUUUCAUUGUGGAAGCUAAUGCUCGUGCUGCUACAGCUGGCAGUGCUUCAGCUAAACUUGAUGAUGCGCUUGGAGAUUUGCAACGCCAGCGAGAUGAGGCUGAAGGCGUAAUCAACGAAGCCUUUCAUGCUUAUAAAGCUGCAUUAGAGAGAUGCCGUGAAAAGGCUCUUGAAGAACUUGAGCGUUUGCAUAAAGAAAGAGAACUCAAGGUCAUGGAUCUCUUUGAUCGCGUCGAUAAAACUGUCCAGCGCAUAGACUGUGCUUGCAAAUUUGCGGCUAGAUUACUUCGCCGCGGUGAUGGUACUGAAAUUGUGAUGUUGAAAAAGACGGUUGCCUCGCAGUUUGCUCGUUUGUUGGAAGGAGCACCUGAAUUUGAUGUUGAUUACUCAUUGGAAUUUGUCACUAAAAUAGACAAGUUUGAUGCCAUAUCUGAAGAGACUUUUGGAACAUUCCGCACAGAGGCAACUCGAGCAGAAGAAAGAAAACGUGCUAGCGAAUCCUCUGCUAUUGUGUCGGUGACAUCGAAUUCUCACUCGCCUGCUGUGUCAGUAACUAAUGCUCCUGUUUUUGACGACUAUCCAAUCGGAGGCGUCCGUCGAGUCACUGGAGUAACUGGAGUUGGAAGCAUGGUAGGAGUGUCAGGCGUGCCUACUAUUGGAGUACCUGGUGUAGGAGCUGUCACUGGAGUAGGUGUUGCUAACACAAGCGUCAUAACUGGUGGAGUUAACAUUACUAGUGGCGUCGGCGGUGGCGUGCCUGCACUUCCAUCCAUGGUCGAGUAUAAUCUGCAGCAGCUGGCUAGUAUUGCCGAGAAAGACGUGUCUCCUCCUCCUCACGCGUCUCCAGCUCCCACUUUUACUCUCGCUGAAUUACUUGCCGGUGACCUGAAUUCACCUCAAGCUUACAACAACCUGCAAGCCCUUGCAAAAUUGGGCCUGAAUGAAGUGAAUGGCUUUGGAGGCGUUGGAGGUAUUGGCGAUGUGGGUCCUCGCGGUGUGUCUCCAGGAAGACCUUUGCUGACGGCUGCGGAAGAGGCCGCUCUGGUACCUCCACCAGCUCCACUUGUGCGUGCUACAAAAGCUACACCCAUGCAUAUAAGAUUCAAGUUUGGUCAACUGGGAAGUGGCAAAGGCCAGUUCAACUCUCCUCAUGGAUUCUGCCUUGGAAACGACGAAGAUAUUAUUGUUGCCGAUACAAAUAACCAUCGCAUCACGGUGUUUGAUAAAUCUGGAACCUACAAAUUUAACUUUGGCAUUGCUGGAAAAGAGGAAGGCCAGUUGUGGUACCCGCGCAAGGUGCGAUUCAUUGAUAUUGUUGCCGGAUUAGCAGUAACUGCCGAAGGUCUCAUUGUGGCAGUAGACAGUGUGACACCUACUGUAUUUAUAUUGUCUGAAGAAGGCGAGCUCAUUAGAUGGUUCGAUUGCAGCGAGUGUAUGAGAGAGCCAUCUGACAUUGCUAUAAGUGGCAAAGAAUUUUAUGUCUGCGAUUUCAAAGGGCACUGCGUGGUUGUUUUCGACAUCAAAGGGCAUUUCUUGCGUCGCAUUGGAUGUGAGAACGUCACAAACUUCCCUAACGGCAUUGACGUGUCUGAUGCGGGUGACGUUCUCAUUGGUGAUUCCCACGGCAACAAGUUUCACGUUGCAGUUUUCUCACGUGAUGGCGUCCUCGUCACUGAAUUUGAGUGUCCCUACGUCAAGGUGUCUCGCUGCUGUGGAUUGAAGAUCACAUCUGAAGGAUACAUUGUCACCCUGGCUAAAAAUAAUCACCAUGUUCUAGUCCUCAACACCCUUUAUAUUGUCUGAGGAGUAACUCGAUGGCUGUAAGUCUGCAUACUACAAGAUCUCACAUUUAUUCCCUAUAUUUUAUAUUAAUUGCUGUUUUUACAAAGCUUAACAUUUUUUGCUAAACCAGUAUUUGACUACUUAUUUCGUUAUUUUGUGUUAAAUUUCAUUUUAGUCUGAUAUUUACUCUCUAUCCAUGAGCAGUGAACUAUAGUGAUCCUAUUUUCAGUAUGCUUCGUGAUUUUUUGUUUUAUUGCAUUCUAGAUUUAGACACUAUAUUUUUAUUCACUGCAAUGGAUAGACUUAAGUCAUUAUUAUUUCCAAAGUACUGAAUACUUGCGUAUUGUUUGGGUUUUUGUUCAUCUGUCAUUAUUUUAUAAUUGCAUUUAGUUCUAGUUAUGGAAAAUCCAAAGGUUAGUAUAUAAUAUUCAACUUCUAUUAUUUUCGUUAUAGUCCAAUAAUUAUAAAUUGUUAUAUUUGGUCAUGGAGGAUCGAAAAGUUUCGGAUUUAUUUAAUAUCUGGCUAUAUAUAUUACAAAUGAAGCGGGUAGAUACGGACAAUUAUUAUUUUUAUGUAUAAAAUAUAAGCUUCGAAUUGUUAUAGUCGACUCCACUCAAAAAUUAUAUCCGGAACUGAAACUUACAUCCUGCCAAGGAAAAACCAUAACCAAAUCUAACUAAACAAUUCCCAUCGACAGGACUUUUAUUUUGUUUUCUAAAUUUUAGCAGCUGGUAUGGUUCCUAGUUCGAGUGAAGUUUAAACAUGUCAAUUAGGGGACUGCGUGGGAGUGUCGCCUCAAAUAAAAUGUUGAUUUGUUCGAAUGUUAGAGCCCAAUAUACGUACGUUUUGUUUUUUAUACUAUUAAUUUUCAUGAAUAUCGGUAAUUUUCAGGAUAAGAACAAAUUACAUAUAUAAACGCACAAUUGAGUUUAUAAAAGUAUAAAAAUUAGUCUCGUCAUGACCAAAGGAGGCGACACCAUAAUAACGUGCCAUCUAGUUUAGGUUAAUCUCGUAUACAAUAUUAUAUAUUGUCCGUUAAAAGUAUAUUUACCAUUUACAGAAUUCUUGUGUCUAUACAAAAUGUUUUUCGUGUACUCUUGUUUUGAGAGCCUAUUACAUAUUUGAAAGUUUUUCAUGAGUAGGCAUUACAGUAUACAUUGUUGAGAAUUGGUUUUUAAUAUAAGUAAUAUCUUAAUAAUGAAACAUUGUAAUGCAUGCUGUAUUAUUAGAAAACCGCUAUAAGUAACCAUUGCAAUAAUUUUUGUACAACACAUACAUGUAAUUGGAUAGUUAAAAUUUAAUGUAGAGGUCUGGCAUUUUCCUGUAUAUAGUGAGCCUUUAAAAUAGUAAUGCAAGCAUAUUUUAUUGGUGCACUUGAUAUUGUUGUUGAAAUAGUCACUCGUACAUAUACAUUUAUUGCAAUAACUAUUUACUAAUUCAAGUAUUAUGUUGUGGCUAGGCAAAGAAAGCAUGAUAGAAACAUUUAUUACUUGUUAUGUACAUGAAUUUGCCAUUAUAAAUGAUUCUACUUAUAUGUUUGAUGAGUAUACAGUUCGCCAAAUUAUAUAUUUUUAUAACUAUCCACAUUUAUAUUCAAAAUUGAGAAUUCAUAGUUUUAGAUAGUAGGUACAAAUGCGGUUUAUUGAAGCGAUACCAUAUUUAGAUAUUUACAUCAUAUAUUACGGUCCCUUGUUAGAGAUUUCCUAAAAAUAGUAUUUAGGAAGUGGGAAGACAAUUUAACGUCAUAUAAAAUCCCUAUUAUAUUAAUAAUGUGGUAUCAAGUUUGUAAUACAUAAGUAAUGGUCAGAUACAAUUUUACAUUAUACCAUAACUAAUUCCAGGGAUCCAUGGUCUUCCAAAUAUAUUUAGACUAUUUGAACGAAUUUUAUCAUUCUUAAAGAAAGCAGUUGUUUUUGUUCUAUAUGAAUAGCCAAUUUAAAUAACCAGUCAUGCAAUAAUUGUCGUUAUCUACUGGUACAGUAGUUAUCAUAGGAAAUAUGAAGUUUAUUAUGUCACCAUUAUUAAACAAAGUCUAUAACCGGAUAAAUUGUGUUGUACAUGACCAUUAUUUUGUUUUACAUAAAAAUAACUUUGGAAAUAGUACUUAACCAGACCACCUAAAAUUAAGUGUGAUAUUUUACCAAUAUUGUUAAUGUCAGUUUUUAAAUGCUCUCUAAUUUUUCGGUUUUAUUAGCUUACGUUUUAAAAUAUUUUAAUUCCUCAAUUUCCAGAAAGUCAUGCAUCUAUCUCAUUGAAAAAACAAAAUAAUAAAAACACUUUCAUGUUACUAAAUUGUAAUUAAAGUUUUAAAUAUUAAUUAGUUGAUAGUCAGGCACUCUCUUCGUAUUGCUGAGCCAUAUAAUUUAAACUGAAAGUUAAAAUCAUAAUUGAAGAGUAACAUGUAUAAAUGUGUACUUAAUUAGAAAUAGGUAUUUAUUUUAUGUAUUUGUUGUGUAUUGGAACAGUUUUACAAUAUUCGAUACGCAAAAUUAGAUGUGAUAUGAGCAAUAAUAGAGAGACAUAAUGAACCAACAUUUUAAGACUUACUUGACUCAAUAUUUUGAAAGACACGAGCAAAGAUUGAGACGUGGGGCGAUGUAGCAACGUCAAUCUUCAGUGAUAAGUUGAAUUUUGACAUUUGAGUCUGAAUCCUCUAUUGAUUAGUGAGUAACUUUUGGGUUUAUUUUUCAUAUUGUUUUUAAGUUAUUUGUUUCAGGAUUUUUGUCCCAAUAGUAUUAGGGAAUUUUAUUUUCUUUAUUUUAACUAGUUUAAAUGAGUCUACAUACCCCUCGCGGAAGAGCAGGUGUGAUUAAUACUCUGAUUUU